ACUGUGCGCCUAUGUGUCUAUCAUCACAGCCUUUUGCUCUGGACCCUGGGAUGCAGCGCAUCUUCCCAAUAUAUAAGACUCGGAAAUGGACGCGAUUGCUUGUUUGGCAUUCUAUCUCCCCCAGAGACCCGCUUCGGCCGCUGCUUCACUCAACAAUGACUUUCUAUCAGUCUGCAUCGUAUGAUGUGGGAUUCCAGGAAAACGACAAGUCUCGCGAAAUGGAAGCCUUUUCAAUGCCAUCAUCGCCUUUGGAUCGGGAAGCGUGCGUACUAUGGCCCGCGUUAUGCAUUCAACAUGGCCAUAGCCUUGCUGCUGAUGUACUUUCAGUACGUCAUCCUACCCCCGACGGUCUACAUCCAAUCACCACCCGCUCAGGAUGGUUACAGCCCUGCAAUGUACGACAACCCUGACACUAUAUGCCCUCCUGAUCAACCUACUGGCAAUUGGCCCCCCUCUGCUAUCCUCUCCCCUCAGUCGCACAAUCCGCCUGGUUUCCAAUAUCCGCCUUCGGGCGAUACAUUCCGCUUUGGAUCUAUGUUGCAGCAGUCAUCCCUUGGAGAGGUGGUCCAGCAGGUCGGAGGCUUCUUCCCAAUGGCCGAUGACGGACGCGAUGCCAGAGCCCCAAUGACCCGCCCUACGAAAGUAAGGCCUAAUCGGCCCAAGGACGAUCCUGGCUGCGCCUGCUGUGUUAUUGCUUGAAGUAGUCUUGAGGGAUGAUACCACUGAUACUGCCUGUAUACCCUAUCCCUCUCGACUGAACUAUGCUCGAUGUGCGGAAACAAUGUCAUGUAUUAUAGUUUGCCAACCAAGCUUGGACCGACGUUAUUUUGAAAUUUGCUAGCGC